UGUGAUUCCGCCAGGCAAUGGCGGCCGAGCGGAUCCGGGCUCCGUCCCAUAUGUAAACAACACAUUAAGCGCUCUCGUUUGUUUAAGAAAAGCAAAACCAGCCGCGAUCAGGAGCAUGAGAUUAUCGCACAAGAAUCGACUCAUCUGAGCACCAAAAUGUCAAUGGAAGAUCCGUUUUUCGUCGUGAAAGGAGAGGUGCAGAAGGCUGUGAACACAGCUCAGGGGCUUCACCAGAGAUGGAUGGAGCUGCUACAGGACCCGGGUGGAGCCAGCAAGGAGGAGGUGGACUGGACCACUAAUGAGCUGAGGAACGGUUUGAGGUCCAUUGAAUGGGACUUGGAGGACUUGGAUGAGACUAUAAGUAUUGUGGAGGCUAAUCCAAAGAAGUUCAAUCUCGAUGCAAUGGAGCUGGCCAAGAGGAAAGCCUUCAUCACUAGCACUAGGCAAACAGUCAGGGAGAUGAAAGACCACAUGACUAGUCCAAUGGCCAUGACGGUGUCCGAGAGGAAAAAUCGACAGACUUUAAUGGGCAAUGGGGGGUCUCGUGGCCCAAUCUGGCAACCCAGUGCAGAUAAGUACACUAGACUGGACCAGGAGCUGCAGACGGCAAACUCACAGUUCAUUGAGGAACAGCAGACCCAGCAACAGCUCAUAGCAGAACAGCAGGAUGAGCAGCUGGAGUUGGUGUCGGGAACUAUUGGCGUCUUGAAGAACAUGUCCCAAAGGAUCGGCCAAGAGCUGGAUGAGCAAGCUGUAAUGCUGGAUGAUUUUUCACAUGAGAUGGACAGCACUCAUUCCAGACUGGAUAAUGUCAUGAAGAAACUGGCUAAAGUUUCUCACAUGACCAGCGAUCGUCGACAGUGGUGCGCUAUCGGCAUUCUUCUGGCCAUCCUGUUUGUCGUGAUCAUUCUCUUGAUUGUUCUGUGAACAGCCCUCCUCCGUCCUCCGCCGCUACAGCUCUCCCGCCUGCGAACGCUCACUCCAACGAAGGUGCUUGAGAGA